AUGGUUAGGUUUAAGGUGCAAGUUCCCACUUGUUCAGCUGCACUGAGAGCUUGUGCCGAUGGAGGUGCCAAUCGUCUCUAUCACAUCACAGAGGGAAGCAGGGACAGCUUCUUGCCUGAUUACAUCAGUGGUGAUUUUGAUUCCAUUCAGCCUGAAGUCAAGGAGUACUACAAGGUCAAGGGAUGUGAGUUAAUUGAGACCAUGGAUCAGGACCUCACAGAUUUCACCAAGUGCCUGCAGAUACUCCAGAAGAAGAUAGAGAAGAACAGCCUCCAGAUCGAUGUGAUUGUGACUUUGGGCGGACUUGGUGGACGCUUUGACCAAACAAUGGCAUCAGUGGAAACACUUUUUCAUGCAACAAAUAUCACUCCUUUUCCAGUGAUAGUUAUCCAGGAGUGCUCACUGAUUUACCUGCUUCAACCUGGCAAGCACAAGUUGCAUGUGGACACGGGACUGGAAGGCACCUGGUGUGGCCUCAUCCCCAUUGGGAAUUCCUGCGAGAGCGUGACCACGACAGGCCUCAGGUGGAACCUCACUAACCAGGUGCUGAAGUUUGGAACGCUGGUCAGUACUUCCAACACGUAUGAUGACUCGGGGAUUGUGACCAUUGAGACGGACAAGCCUUUGCUAUGGACAAUGGCUAUCAAAAGAUAA